AUGGCCAAUCCUGACGGUGACAAUUUUCAAGAUGCAGUUGGUCCAGUUGUAGCUCGCAUUAAUGUUAAAUGCCCACCAUUUUGGCGCGCCGAUCCUACAUUAUGGUUUGUUCAAGUGGAGGCACAGUUUGCGAAUGCUGGGAUUUCUGCGGAUUUAACCAAGUACAAUACAAUUAUUGCUGCUCUUGAACAUGACGUUAUGUCCGAAAUUACUGAUAUUGUCUUAUCACCACCAAAUCAAAACAAAUACGAUAAUUUAAAAAACAAAAUGAUUAAACGGUUUUCAGACUCUGGUGAUAAAAAAGUUAGCAUUUUACUAAAUGAAAUUAUUUUAGGCGAUCAGAAACCUUCCAGUCUUUUCAGAAAAAUGAAACAGUUAGCUGAUGGUCAAGCUACAGAUAAUUUCCUGAAAGGUUUAUGGCUGAAAAAAUUACCAGAAAAUGUACACACAGUUUUGGUGUCAAGAAACGAUGGUAUUGAUGAUUUACUCGAGGCAGCUGACAAAAUGGUGGAGAUUCCCAGAAAUUACAUAAAUGCUGUUUCUUCAUCGUCCUCUACUUCAACUCUGGAGCAAAAGGUUGAAUUACUGACACAGCAGGUUGGAAUACUUUUAAAAAGAGAUCAAGAUCGUUCUAGAUCUCAUUCGCGUUCACGUAAUUCAUCUAAUUCGCGAGAAAAUCGUAAUCGUAAUCGUAGUCGUAAUUAUUAUUCAAAAAAUGUUCGUAAUCGUGAACCUACACCAGCUAAAAAUAAGGAUUUUUGUUGGUAUCAUGAUAAAUUUGGAAAGAAAGCUAAAAAAUGCAUACCUCCUUGUAAAUAUGAGUCAUCGGAAAACUAG